AUGGCUGUCAGGUUCAUCUCAGGCCGGAGGGCCGCAAGAGGGCAUCUCAUAACACUGGCAAUUCCGGAUGUCUCCGCGCCCGGCAUACAUUCGUAUAACCACCAAUUGACAAACCUGCUGAACGUUGAUUACGAUUGGAAUUGGUACGGGUACCGAGAUACAUACGUUUUACAGGCGGCCGUUCCAUCAUCAUGGAGGAAAAAGUGGAAUUGCUGUUUAACGCGUGAAGUGGUGGCUAUCGAUUUGCAAGUGACAGAAGUGGGACGUCUGGACGGGAAUGUGGUAGCGUCGAGACGUCCGGCGUCGGGCUCAAUUGACUUCCGGGAAGACGUGAGCUGGUAAUUGUUAUGGAGCCCCAUUGGCAUUGCGAAGACCUCCAGGACUUCUUGAUCAUCUCCAGCCAAGUUCCCUGUAAUGGAUUAUUUAAUCAAUCAUGAUACCUAUACGUAUGACAGUAUAAUAUUACCAACUAAAUACGUUAAUACAAAAUAUUGUGUAUUAAGGUAAAAACGUGAAAGACGGGCUGGACGUGCGAAAUAAGAGCAGAUAGAGAUGCUACCAUAUGGUAA